CUUUCUCUCAACUUCCACCCUGAAGCUUUCUCUCAAAUUGCAACAAUUUAUUGUCAUUAUUUUCUCUGGCAUUUUCCCGAGAAGGGGUGGUUUGGAGGGGUUCGAUGACCCUCUCGAGGUCGCUAUUCAUACUGGCAUCCAAUAUCUGAAUGUUCCAUAAAGUGGAAAAUAAGGACUAAAGGGUGGAGGGGACGGUUAGAGGGGAUGAAGGUUGAUUCGAGGCACGCCUGAAGGAACUUACCGUGUGACCAACAUAGCCAAACAAACCAGGAAGCUGGUUCGUCGUCGUGCAAGACGUUGCUGGCCACUCUCUCGACGCCACCGUCGACCUCCCACCACUUCCCACUUUCCCCCCCCCCUAGCGUUAUCCUCAGCAACGCAACGCUGACUGCAUGAAUCCUUCUGACAUCGCUUCGGAAACACCGUUACCUCAUACCCAAGCUUCACCUCUUACCAUCAAAUUGAAACUUUCAAGCCAUCAUUCACGAAUGGCCGCCGGUCACAACAACAACCCUCCCCUUCGUCGUUCUUCGCGUUAUCGCAGCACCUCCGACAUCCUCGCCUCGGGUUCCGAAUAUCACGAGAGCGACAAAUCAAUGCAAGACGGAGAACCCGAACCCGAACUCAACCACGACGAGGACGACGACCCCUUAGCCCAAGACCAAAAACCCACUUUCACAAGUACCAGAAGUGGCAGAAGAGUAGCACAGAAAUCUUACGUCGAGAGCAGCGAAGCAGAUGACGAAGUCGGCCCAAGCGAAGCCGGUGCUCUAUUCGAUGACGGUGUCAAAUUCAAAACACGCACGCGUUCUCUACGUCGCCACUCUGCAGAUGACCACGACAACGACGACGGUGACGACGAAGACGAGGGUGGUGGUCUCCCUCCCCGUCGACACCUUCGGUCACGGAAAAACAGCUUCAUCGCCAGCGAGGAAGACGACGACGCUGGCGGGGGCGGUGGAUACAACACCCGUCUAAGAAAAAGACCUUCCACACGUUCCAACGGCACCGGCAAAUCAUCCACAUCCACCCGGAAACCUAUAGACGAAAAAGCAUCCCAAGCCGCUGCCCGUGCUCUACGCGCUCAACGUAGACACAAAACAGAAGAAGCUGAUAUCUACGAACCACAACCACAGGGAUCUCCAGGAUCAGUCGAUGCUGAUGGCUCAUUUGACGAGGAUGCUCAGGGGGAUACGGAUGUGGAUGAUUUAGAGAUUGCUAUGAACGACCAACGACCGGAGGAAGAGGAGGAAGUCGAACCAGAGAAUGAUGGGAAACCGUAUUCGCUGAGGCAGCGUCAAAAGGUCAACUAUGCUAUUCCGCCCCCUUUGGAAGAGAUGACACGGCCUAUGGCGAAAAGUAAAUUUGGAGGAGGUGGUGGACGGAGAGGUGGGCCUGCUGCGAGGAGGGCGAAGGGUCCAGGAUGGAGUGCUACUGGUGCAGAACUAGGGAGAUGGAUGGGUUUGCCUGGGGCGGGAGAUGAUUCUGACUCGGAUAUUCCCAAUAGAACUCCUCGUAAGCCCUAUGGAGGGUUGGGUGCAUUUGGAGGUGGGGUUGCAGGUGGAGGAGGAGGCUUGUUAGCUGGUGAUCUUGCUGCUGCUGGAACGCCCUCGAAUCUCGGCCGAGUUGGUGAUUCGACACUUGCGGAUGCGGAUCCUCUUGGAGUCAACGUCAACGUUACUUUCGAUGAAGUCGGCGGCCUUGAUGAUCAUAUCAACUCAUUGAAGGAAAUGACGGUUCUACCACUUUUGUAUCCGGAAGUUUUCCAACAGUUCAAGGUGACACCACCAAGAGGUGUUUUGUUCCAUGGACCUCCAGGUACCGGAAAGACCCUACUCGCUCGAGCUCUUGCUGCCAGCUGUCGGUCCAAUGGGAAACAAAUUUCCUUUUUCAUGCGUAAAGGUGCCGAUGCACUUUCAAAGUGGGUAGGAGAAGCGGAACGACAAUUGCGUUUGUUAUUUGAGGAAGCACGGAAUUCUCAACCGUCUAUUAUCUUUUUUGACGAAAUCGAUGGAUUGGCACCUGUACGAUCUUCGAAACAGGAUCAGAUCCAUGCUUCUAUUGUUUCUACGUUACUUGCGUUGAUGGAUGGAAUGGAUGGGAGAGGACAGGUUGUUGUUAUUGGAGCUACGAAUCGACCGGAUGCGAUUGAUCCUGCGUUGAGGAGGCCCGGGAGGUUUGAUAGGGAGUUUUAUUUCCCGUUGCCUGGUGUGGAGGCUAGAGAGAAGAUUUUGGGGAUUAUGACGAGGGGGUGGAAAGGGUGGAGCGAUGAGGAUGAUGAGAGUAAAGAGAGGGUGAGGGGGUUGGCGAAGUUGACGAAGGGGUAUGGGGGUGCUGAUUUGAGAGCGUUGUGUACAGAGGCUGCGUUGAAUGCUGUACAGAGGAAGUAUCCGCAGAUUUACAAGUCGAAUGAUCGGUUGUUGCUCAAGCCUGAUUCUGUCAGAAUUGGGUUACGGGAUUUCAUGAUUUCGAUUAAGAAACUUGUGCCGUCUUCUGCAAGAUCGUCAUCUUCAGCGGCAUCACCUCUCCCGCCACAGCUUGUCCCUCUGUUGUCGGAAACUUUGGAAGAAGUGAAAAAGGUCAUAAGUCGUGUUUUGCCAACUGAGAAGAAGAUGACGGCAUUGGAGGAGGCGGAGUAUGAGGAUUACCAGGGUGAGGAGGGGGCGUUGGAAAGAGAGAUGACAUUGCAAUCUAUGGAAAAGCUGAGGAUAUAUCGGCCUCGAGUUAUUAUUCAUGGUUCGUUAGGUAUGGGGCAAGCUUAUGUAGGAGCUGCAGUGUUACAUCAUUUAGAGGGAUACCAUGUACAAAGCCUAGAGUUGGGUACUCUCAUGGGUGAUUCAACAAGGACCGUCGAAGCUGGGAUUGUUCAGCUUUUCGUUGAAGCGAAGCGUCACCAGCCUUCUGUGAUUUACAUCCCCUCGUUGGUAGGGUGGUGCGCCGCAGUGAACGAGACUGCUCGGUCCACGGUCCGCGCGAUGCUCGACACGCUUGCUCCCACGGAUCCCAUACUUCUUCUUGCCAUCGUUGACGGACGGUUCCUCGAUCUCCCAAAGGAUGUUCGUUCGUGGUUCGGAUUAACAAAAGACAACCGGGUUGAGAUUCCUGUUCCUAGUGAACACCAACGCGUGGAGUUUUUCAAGCCAUUGAUCGAAGAAGUGCGACGGCCACCUAAUCAAUUUGCUGAUGGUAUGCCGAGGAAGAAAAGAGUGUUGGAGAAGUUACCGAUUGCUCCUCCCCUUGAACCGAGGAAACCGACUGAUGCUGAGUUGGCGGCACAAGAAGAGAGUGAUGGACGUGUUAUUGCGUUGCUUAAAUAUCGGUUGGGGCCUAUUUUGAAUGAAUUGAAAAGGAAGUUUAGGCGGUUCACGAAACGGGCGAGGGAGGAGUACUCGUACGCGAAAUUCCAGGGUGAUGAUGAUGAUGAUGAUCAGCCAGAAGUCACCAUUGUUGAGUCUAACACGGUCGUGAACGGGGUGAUAGAUAUCACUUCUGAUCCACCGCAACAAGAUCAGCCGUUGAUGAACGGUGGUGGUGGUGGCGGCGGUGGAAUAGAUAUCCUCCCGGCUUCUAACGAAGUGCAAGUACAAGUUACAUCCACCAGACGACCUCCGAAACUUCAUGACAUGGAUUUAGAACGCAUGCAUUCUGAACUCUAUCGAGGACGGUAUCUCACUCCCCAGGAAUUCAUAGAUGAUAUCAGGAAAAUCGUUCGGAAUACAGCGCUUUGUGCUGAAGAAGAUUUGGAACGCCAUUAUAGGGCCGAGGCGAUGUUUAAUGCUGCUGAAGUGAGCAUACUUGAAUUUGAUGCGACUUUCCGGCUCGAGUGCGAGAGAAUGGCUGUUCGUGAGCGGAAGCGGAGGGAGGAGUAUAAGAAGAGUAAAGUGAGAGCAAAGGAGAAGGAAAAGGAAAAGGCGGGUGGGAAUGGGAAUGGGAGUGAUAAUGGGAACGGGAACGGGUUUAUGGGAACACGUAAGAGUGCGCGACAUAAUGGUUUGCAACCAGAGCUUGGGAUAACGGAUCCUGUCAAACUUGAGCGACGACUGAAGCGUCAGAGGGAAGAAGGGGGAGGAGGUACGGAUUCGCAUGGGUCUGAGGAUGAAAAGGACGAAAAUAGGGAUCCGAAGAGGUCGAAGAUGUUUGUAUAUGAUGAAAAUCGUGACCCUUUGGAGAUUGCUACUCCUCCGCGGCAACAUUCAAGUGUUCGUUUUGCUCCGCUGACGAUUGAACCGAUGCAGUCGCUUGUUCCUCAACCGGCACCUUCGAUACAUAUAGCAGCGAAAGCGGGACCGUCGGUGCAGCCGCAGCAACCCCAUCCUCUGCAUCCAAUGCAUUCUAUGUAUCCUCAAGAUAUGUCGCACCCAACACAGCCGUUCCAGCCGAUGCAGGCUCACUAUCCGCUACAGUCGCACCAACCUUUACCACCCAUGCAACCCCAUCAACCAACGCAGCUCUUCAAUCAACCAUCUCAGGACUUUUAUCCCGUUUCAGUCAAUCAACCUCAUUUCGGCCAUCCGUCACGAUCGACACAUUCUCCUUAUCCGAUACAGCACGAACUUUCUGGAUCACAACAACAUUCAAACGUGUGGCAGCAGAAUAACGAGCAAUCGAGUCGGUUUCCGUCCAACUUUAUUCCGGGUCCGGGUGAUCAACGUGAACGUGAACGGGAUGGGAUGUUGGUUGACCCAGUGCACGGGCAAUUCGGAACAGCAGCCCAACAACAACCACGGAGUUCUGGUUUCGAUCCAUCGCUCCUCAACCCGUUGUCAGAGGAGAUGCCUAUCCAUUCUACACCCGUACCGCCACCUGUGAUAGACGAUGAUCCUUUCUUGUCGAUGCCUCUACCUCAGCAGUCUAUCAGAAUAAAAUCCACAUCGCCUCAUCCCCAUCCUUCCAAGCCUUCUUCCAAGUCACCCGAACCUCCCCGAGAUCGAGACCGAGAACCAUCCCCGAUGCCUGGGGUAGAAAGGACACCUACGCCGUUACCGGAGUUUCACGUUGAUGAGAAUCUGUUGGCGCAAUUAGAGAGUAGUCUGCGAUUGCAUACGUCGACAUUGACGAUUGAGCAGUUGGAGCAGCUACGGGCGACGUGUUUGAGUUGUGUGUGGAGGAAUAGAAGGGAGUGGGAUCGGGGUGGGGUUGUUAGGGAGUUGCAGGAUGUUGUGAGUGAUUUUGUUGUGGAAGUUGGUGGGGGUGGGGAUUCUUCUGGUGAGGAUGGUGAGAUGAGUUGA